GCGUGUGCCUUUUGAGUGACAACUCACAAUAGCCAGUUGUAUCGUGUCUAGCAUACAUAUGUAGGCUAGUGAAGAGGUUUGGUUUGAGAACUGAAAACAAUUAUCGCAAAUAUUAUUCGCUUUCGCUGCGUUGCAAAAUUUAUUAACAAAAACAACAGAAAAACCAAGUUAUGGUCUUGGUCAGCAACGAAUGGCAGAGUAACAAGGAUGACGAGCAGAAAUCCAACGUGGCAGCAUCAACAGCAGCAACGACAACAACAACCACAACAGCAGCAACUCCAGCAGCAGCAGCUUCUGUGGCUGUAAAUAAAGUUAAUUCCAUUGUCAACUCAUCAGAGCAGGAACUAACAGCACGUCAAGGAACUCAAAUUCCUGCUGUGGAUAUUUCAAAACGUCAGCAGCGAAUCAAUAAGAAAGCUUUAAGCAUAAUGGAACUAAACCGAAAGACCGAACAGGACCAGCUGCUGUUACGUGAAAAGCACGAGACCGAAGUGUGUGAGCUGCCUACGGAGAACAUCAACACGAACAUCAACAAUAGCAACAUUAACAACAGCAAUAGUAAUAUCAAUAUUAAUAUCAAUAGCAACAGCAACGAUGCCAACGACAAUCUGGAAAACCAGGAGAACAACAAUACAACACCUGCAGACACCUGUGAUUCCAAUACAAACACCUUGCAGGGUCAUCUGGCACAGCAGCAGGUGCAGUUGCAUCUGGCUAUCAAUUCGGUGCUAAAUUCCAACAACACAACGACGGGCAACAAUCUGUUUAGCUCGAUGGGUGCCUUACAAAUGCCUAACGAGACGGUUAAUGCGUCGGCGACAAUGAUCAACACGCAGGAGUUGACGCCGGGCGAGGCGAAGAUCAUCUUGCAGUGUGAGGGUAAAUCGCACAAGUUUGAGACGCGUACCAUUUCCCUGGCACCGAAUCAGGAGUGCAAGGUUGGACGACUCAUAGCCAAGAGCAAGGCGAGCGAGGGAAAUGCCAUAUUUGAUUGCAAGGUGCUAUCGCGUAAUCAUGCAAUGCUGUGGUACACGGCGGACGGACACUUUUGGGUGAAGGAUACCAAGUCCAGCAAUGGAACAUUCAUCAAUGACAACAAGCUUGGCAAUGAGCCUGCCGAAUUGCACUAUGGCGACACCGUCAAGUUUGGCGUCGAAGUCAUUGAGAAUUCACGCCAGGAGGUUCAUGGCUGCAUCAUUGCACGCGUCACCCUAUUCCUGCCCGACGGCCGGGAAGCCAUCUCAAUAGAGUCGGAUCAGGUGCAGCCGGCGGGACCGAAUCGAAUUAGUUACGAUGAAAUUCAGCGACUGAAUGCAUUUCUACAGGAGGCCUCGCAGCGCGAAAAGAUGCUCAAGGCGAAGCUCAGUAAUUUGCAGGGUGUCCUCGAUUCCACGCGCAAAAGCUCUUUCAUGUGCUGGCAGAGCAUGAUCACCGAGGAUCAGCUAAUACAUAAGAUCAAUCUGCUUGAAAAGAAGCUACAAAUGAUGGAGAAGAAUGUGCCCGAGAAUGCGUUGCGUAACGAGAUUGUCAAACUACUUGAUGAUAAGACCACGUAUCAGCUAACUGCCAAAGAGGCGCUGCGCAAGGUCUACCAGGAUCGAUGUGAUGCCAUGCAAAUGCUGUCCAAGAUGGAGAUGGCAUACACAACCUCGGACAACGAGUGCAGCAUAUUGCGGGCUCAGAUUGUGAACUCAAAGCAAACGCUGCAGGAUUUUAAUACACGAUUGGAGAUGCUGCAGUUGGAGUAUGCGGAAUAUAAGCAGGAAACACUGCGCCAGCAGCAAGAGGCUAAGGAACAGGAGGAGCAACGACUAGAACAGCUUAAGGAGCAUCUGAACGGGCAGGAGAUUGAAAUGGAACAGCUGCGCCAACAGCUGAUGCGACUGCAGCAAACAAAGGCUGAAUACGACAGCGAACAGGCGCUGCAGGAGCAACAGGCGCUGGAGCAACUGAAUGCAGUACUUGACAUCGAUGACGAUGACGACGACGACGAUGACGAAGAUGACGAUGAGGAUGACGACGACAAUGAUGAUGAGGACGAGGUCAAAGUAGCUGGCGACCAGAAAAAGGACGCUGACGAUAACGAGCCGCAGCUUGAAAAUGAUAAACAAACGACUCCAAGCAAACAAAAAUCGAGCAAAAAGAGGAAACGACAACAGAAGGAAAAAUUUGAAUUAAUGCACAAAGUAGUGCGCAAGGACACAAUGAUGAAGUGGCUUAAGAAUUCGGAUCUCAACAAGGGCGCAGACGGCGGUGAUGUAUUAAAUGCCAUAGUGAAUAAUGCCGACUCUGGCGAUGAGGACAAUGAUGAGAAGCAACAAAAGGAACGGGCAUCGCCAACGUCAGAGCUUAGUGCGGGCACCAAGCGGGAGACGGAAGCUGAAACGGCCAGCGAUGAGUUUAUACACAAAUCACCCAAGCACACGCUGCUCAAUGGCAUCCAGGAGGCGACACAUGGCAUCCACAAGCUGGAAACUCAGCAGACGCUGAUCCAUCGUGGUGUAGAGGAUGCAGAUUUGCCACAAGAGCAUGCAAUCGAUAUGCUGCAAGAGGAAUGUACAUUCUACAAGCAGAAAUCACUCACACUGACCAAUGACAUUGGCGAGCUUCAGGAGCAAAUGAAGUUGCUUCGAGAGCAGCUAGCAUUGCAACAACAGCAGCAGCAACAACAACCACAACCCCAAGAAAUGGAGCACAGUUUCAGUGGUACGGACGCGACAGAAGAAGAAAAGGAGCAGCUAGAACCGAAAGUUGCCAAGGAUGUUGAUGGCGAGCUAUCAUCAAGUUGGCGAGAAGAACUUAACACCAUUGACAAUGAAGAGCGCGAAGAGGAGCUAAUCGUGUACAAGGAACGCUUGGAGCUAUCAGAGAUGAGCAAUCUCCAACUACGCGAUGAAAUCUCAAAGCUGCGCCUCAAACAGCCCAUCGGCUAUGACAAUCUGCUUUAUCGCCGUGCCCUUCCCUUGGGCGCAAUGGUGCUGGCCGUGAUUAUUUAUUUCCUGACCACCCGAAUCUAAAAUAACGCCCAUACACUCACACACUCACUCACUCACAUACCACAGCAUCAACCACAACAACAAAAAACGUCGUACCUAAUGCAAAACGAGAUUCAAUAAUCAUAUAUACAAUACAUACUACAUCAUGUUGGGUGGGGGCAAGUGGAGUGAAUGCAACAAGAAACUGGUGUAAAGUAUGCAAAUCGGAUUGACGCAGUUAUACAGUUACAUAUUUAUAUCUAUAUACAUAUAUACUUAUACAUUUAUAAUCGAGCUUUACUCGCUAAUUUGUAUUCUGUUCUUAACCGCAAUUAAUAUUUGGAUCGCAAAAUUUUUAGUCGUAAAUUUGAAAUGAAACGAACAAAAAGAAAAAUGAAUAACGAUAAAAUGAAAAACCGUAAAUAACAACAAACACGAGGAUAGUUAAUUUGAACUUAAUUUUAUUUAAAGCAAUUCUCUUUUAUGAUUUUUUGAUAUGAACUAUUUUGAUGGUGCGAUGAUCUAAGUAUGAGAGCCUUCGACUUGUGUACAAAUCUAGGAGAGCAGAAGCACUAGAAACCAGCUGGCGGCGAAGCAUUAAGUUUAGCAUUAAGUUGCAAUUAUUUACCAUUACCAGCUAUGUUUUAUAAAACUAUAUUUACGUAUUCUAAAUGUUGAUUUAUGUACUAUAUUUAGUUGAUUUUAUUUCCGUCGUCCCUUUGUAAGCGAACGUGCGUGUAAACAAUUAUAUUUUCCGAAGUGAAACGAAACAAAUA